GUUUGGCAUUCGCUAUUUACGCAUCGUUUUAAACCGUGUUUAUUCUUAGUAUUUUUGUCUCUCAGUCGCCGAGCAUAUGUUCGAGACUCUUUUUUUUUUUUCUUGUUCACGGUGUUUGAUUCGAAGUUUGAAACUCUAACAAAAAAAAAUCACUUUCGAUUGCCAUUUGAAUUAGUUUUAAAAUACGAAAAAAAAGCAAACAAUUUCAAUAUCACCAUAAAUCCGCCGUCCACAAACUCAUCGAAGAACAGGCCGAUAUAGGCGUGAAAAUUAUGUUGCGGUUUGGGUUGUAUGGCUGAACAUUGAACAAGCCAUAUGUAUUGUGUUGCUCUCUCUGUGUCAGACGUACGGAUUUACUGUGUUCGGAGUUAAGUUAUAUGUCACGGGCAUCACAAAAACCAUCGAAACGCGAUUUUCGGACACAUAAUUUUUUUGUUCGGUCGUUUUUAGUUUUUUUUCCUGCUUUUCGGUGUGAUUAAGUAUUAAAUUAACCAGAUUCCUUGGUGAUAGAGACUAGUUCUGGUGAAAAGAGAAAAAGAGUGAGAAAAAAACUACAAGGAAGCUAAUAAAAUUGUGUGUGGUUCCGAUUCGACGCCGAUUUGAACUAAGUAUUGGAUCGGAAAUCAUCGCGUGGUAUGAUCUACGAGAAUGAGGAGCUUAGGCUACGUACAAUAAAUAUCAAUGCAGAAGUCGAGAGAGGACAGUCGGAUAUAAAGAAGCUGCUUCGAGAGAACUAUCGCUUGCGAUCAGAGAACUGGACGCUACGUGAUGAAUACGAUCGGUUGGAUAAGCUGUUGAAAACCAAAAGCCAACCAAAUGGUCAUUCAACCAAAGGCUCACACGACUAUCGGGGUGAUUUUAAAUUUGGAUGUGACUACGACGAUUCAUAUCGAUGUUACAAUUGUCUCACUGACGAAGAUGGCAUUUUCUGUGAUAUGUGCAACGAAAAUGAGCGUUAUGCAAAAGAGUUUGACGACCAAAAACCUAGUAACUCUACGAAUGGUGACAAAGUGAAUGGAUACGAAUCGACUAAAUCGAAUAAAUGUGGACCAGCUUUGAUGCCAGCACCGAUAAGAAAUGAGAAAAUCAACAUGAAUUUCGAUCAUUUAUCGGUCGUUUCGGAAGAAUGUUUAUCGAACAGUGACGAUCAAACGAAUCAAAAUAAUAAAUCAGACAAUGAACCAAGUGAAACUGCGAUAGAUCCAAUCUACGCGAAUUUCCAAUCGACAAUUCCACCAUUGAAACACUUUGAAAAUUUAUCGUAUAAAGACAUUGGACCGAAUGUUGAUUCUCUGGGUGAAAUUCACUUCGAUGGUGAAAUGUAUCAAGCAAACGAACCAACACCACCACCUCCGAGCCCGCCACCAUCAGUGCAAGCCAUGAACAGACGAAGCACAUCAUUACCGCUGCCGCCUCCGCCGAUUUUAACCGACGAAGGCAACAUUGUUCAUCUUGAAUCACCCGAUAAUGAAACGGGCGCCACGGAAAAGUUGCCAAAAUAUUUCUUUGCUCCGUUGAAAAGCAAACGAAAGUCAUCCAUGUGCUCGGAGAUGCGACCCGAUGUUUUCGUCAAUAACGUUGUGCCGUCAGACGCGAGUCGAGUGGCAACCAUCCGAAAACCUCACAAUCCAUUGAAAUAUCCGAGCAAUUUGAAUAUUGCAAGCAUUGAUCCAGAGGCAUCAAGCCAACUGGAAGCUAAAGAAAUCCAAGGUUUAUCCAAAGGCGUUGAAAGUAUGCAAAUGCAAUCGAAUCGACUCUAUGAGAAUGUAACCAGCACCGAUUCGGAUCAGUCGCCACCAUUUCGCUCGGAUUUGAGCUUAGUUCUAUCAUACAGUGGGAAUAAAUCGAAAUAUUCAACCACUCAAAAUUCAGAGAAAACACAAGAUUUCGAUGUGGAUACACCGCCACCGAAUGUACCGCUAGCGAUGAAGCUACUUCCGAAUAAAUUGACAUACGCGGGAAAAACUGAGUUCAAACCAAUUGGCUGUAGUUCACAAGAAGUGGAGCAAUCGAUAGCAAACGUUGAAAAUUCGGCAAAUGAGGAAAUUUUGUCGAAAUCUCAAGUGAAUUCCACAUAUGAGAGCAAUGAAUGUAAUGGUAAAGUGACAAAGACCAAAGAAAAAGUUGCGAAAAAUGGUGAAAAACAUGAGGAUGGAACAAAUGGAGAUAGCACUUCUCCGAGCGCAAGCAAGGAAAAGGAAGCAAAUUCGAAUUCCAAGACAAAGAAAAGAGAUUCGAAUGAUUCACAAGAUUCGAAGGAAACCGGUGGAAGUUCGAAAAACUCCCAUGAAAAUAAGGAUCAAAAUGGGCGAUGUGUAUCGAUCCAUUUCAAUGGAAAACCCAUAACUAAUCAACAAGAAACUGAGCCACAUUCCAAUGAUUCCGAUUUAAACAAUGCGGCCGACACAAUGACCGAAGAGGAAAUACUUGCCAUACCACCAGUUGCUUAUCUUCGAUCGCGUCGUUCGUCGUGUGCUCGAAAAGUGAACGAUGAAAUUGGAGCAUUUUUGUAUCCACCAAAUCCGUUUGCAUUUGGUGCUUAUAAACGUGGCCGACGACCGUCAUUUUUAUCUCGAAGACAUUCGGACGGUUUAAUAGCGACACAACCUACUCAAUACCUAGACUAUGAAUUGAUGGCCAAAAAUUCCAAUCGAUGCCAGUGUCAUCGAGGUCACAACAAUCAUUUGGGUGUUGACCCUUACUGUGGUGAAUACUGUACCAAUAUGGGAAUGCAGAGUGGAACAAAUCUGGGCGGAUCGACUGGUUCAUCGAUUGGCCUUAACAUGACCUCGUCACGUGAAUCACUCGGCAAUAUCAGCCAACAAUCAACGUCCAGACGAAAAAUGUCGAUCACAUCUCAUUCAAAAAGUGGCGGCAAAAUACCCUGGUGUGCAUGCUGGGGCAAUGGAUGCAUAUAAAAAACGAUGCAAUUUCGCUAAAUUGCUACUUAGCAUUUCAUACACACUUCCUAAAGGAAUUUGUUAAUGAUACGUUAUUUGUUUUCAAUACGAAGCCAUCCAUUUGGAAUGGAUUUGUUUGUACAUUUUCUGUGAAACUGUUUUUAAUGUGAAACACUUCGGUUAUGCAAUAAAAAAUAUUUAACGAUCAAA